AUGUCCCUCUUCACCGGCUGCAAGUCCCUCGUCUCAGAUGAAAGCACAGAGUUUGUUGUCGCUGGCAGGGGCCCCCUGAGGCUGGGGGGCCCCCCUGGAGAGGGUACUGGGGGCCCCCUGGGGUCUCAGCUGCGCAGCAGCAGCUCAGAGGGGCCCCCGGGGGCCCCCGGGGCCCCCGGGGCCCCCGGGGGCCCCCGGGGGGCCCCCAGGGGCCCCCACGCCGCUCUGGACCCUCAGAAGAUUGGGAGGGUUUUGACGGUGGCGGUUUCGGAGCUUGGGGAGCACGUGAAGUCAAGCGGGGAGCUGCUGUGGCGGUCUGCCGUGUCUGCUGCUGGCCACGCGCUGUCUUCCGCCCCGCAUGCACUUCCUGGGAUCGUGUCUUUGGGAUCGAUCCCAUCGAUCCCAUCGAUCCCAUCGAUCCCAUCGAUCCCAUCGAUCCCAUCGAUCCCAUCGAUCCCCGGAGCGUUGCUGCCUCCUUCUCCGUGUGCUGCUGCUGCUGCGGGCGCUGCUGCGGCGGGCGACCCUGCUGCAGCAGCAGCAGCAGCAGCAGCGGGGCCCACAGCAGCAGCAGCAGCAGCAGCAGCAGCAGCAGCAGCAACUAGAGUGUGGGGAGAUGGCAACUUUUGUCUUUCUGUUAAAGAGACAAAAGGGGGAGGAGCAGCAAGAGGCAAUUUGGUGGCUUUGGCGCUCGCAGCUGAUGAAAACGGAAACCCCACUCUGGACGUGACCCCUGAGUGUCACUUCACUUGGAGCCGAAUUAAGGCGUCGGGGGUUUCGACUCCGGUGGAGUGCAUUACUGGCAACGUGUACCCAGUGACUGCGGAGGACAUUGGCGGCUACGUGGAGCGGCUGCAAGGGCAACACGGGCUCCUGCGCUCGCCGCAGGACGGCCAGCAAGGUUUAGGGGCGUCUUCUGCUGAGGGUUUGGGAAGCCCCAACGGGACGGAGGUUUUGGUGAAGGUCAACGCGGAGAAGGUCACCGUCACUGUGCCGCAGGAAGAAGGGCAAGAUAAUGACAGCAAGCGCGAGCUGGAGUGUACGUACACCUCAAGCCUGCCUAUAAUUGAGCUCGACCCCACAUCUUCCACGCUCUUCCGACUGGGCGUGUCUCGCUCGCAGCAGCUGCUGCUGUCUGCUGCUUCUCGAGGAGACCGGGAUUUUCUUUUUGCACUUUUGCGCUGCUUCCAAUGUCGAGAGUUUGUCUCCACUUCUUUCAUUUUGGACAGACUUCUCGGAAGACUGCCCUCCGAAGGGGCAGCUGCAGCAACACGGGGGAAGUUAAAGAGUACAUGGAGGCGCAGCAGAUGCCGGCUGCAUCAAGGCCACAAACAGCAGCAGCAGCAGCAGCAGCAGCAGCAGCAGCAGCAGCACUAUCAGCAGCAACAGCAGCUGCAGCAGAAGCACCACGAGCAGCAACAGCAGUGGAAGCAGCAGCAGCAGCAGCAGCAGCAGCAGCAGCAGCAGGCUUCUUUGCUGCGCUUGCGAGCAGACCCGUCCGGACUUGUUGCUGCAGUGGAAGAGACAGACGCGCGUUUGAGUCUUUUCUUCAACAUCAGUUUGCUGCUGCAGGAGCUGCACCGGGCCCAGGGGCUGAACGCGCGGCUGUCUCGAGACUUCGCGAGAGCAGCAAAAGAAAAGGAGCAGCUGGAAGAAGAGAUGAGACACACAAUUAGGGCUUUUCAGCUGCAGCUAGACAACGCCCUGCAGCAGAGCAGCAGCAGCAGCAGCAGCAGCGAGAUUGAGGCUACGCGCUCGCAGCUCGAAGAAGCAGCAGCAGCAAAUGCAGCACUGCGGGAAGAGAGAGACGAAGGCGAGGCCAAGGAAAUGGCCUCUGAGAUCAAAAGGCUUCGAGCCGAAGUUGAGGAGGUUUAUAUUUGCAGGUCGCGGGUUUCGCUGGAGCUGGCUGAGGCGCGGCGGCAGCUGGAAGAAGAAAGGCGGCAGCACUUGAAGGAGCAGCAGCAGCUAAAAGAUGAACUCAUGCAUGCAGAAGCAAGGGCGGAGUGCCUCGGGGACCAAGUUGCUGAGCUGCGCGCAUCCGAAGCAGCAGCAGAAAGCCAGUUUGCGCAGCGCACAGCAGCACUGAGGGAGACAGCAGCAGCAGCAGAAAAGGAGACGGAGCAGCUGCAGCAGCAGCUAGCUGCUGCUGCAGCAAACAGAGAAGCCCUGGCAGUCGAGAGAAACCGCAUUCUCAAGCUCAAGGACUCGCUUUCUAAGGGCAAGAAACAGGGAGGGUUUAGGGAGGAGUUGGAGCGUUCGAAGGCCUCGAAUGACCAAGCAGCUGAAACUAUUAGGAAGUUAACUCAGAGCCACCAGCAGCAGCAACAAGAGUGCCGGGAAAAGCAGAGGCAGGUUGAGCAGCAGCAGCAGCUGCUGCUGCAGCAGCAGCAACAGCAGCAGCAGCAGCAGCAGAAGAUCAAAGAGCUGCAGCAGCAGCUGCGAGAUAUCCACAGACAAAAGGAAGAGACAGAAGAGAGGCUGCAAACCGCCGAAGCUGCUGCUGCCAGCUUAAAGCGAGAGAAGCUGCAGCUAGAGGGGGGCAUUUUGCUGCUGCAGCAGCAGCAGCAACAGCAGCAGCAGCAGCAACAGCAGUUGCAGCAGCACCACCAACAGCAGCAGCAGCAGAUGCAACGGCGCCACCAGCAACAGCUGCAGCAGCUGCAAAGCCAGGUGCAGCAGCAGCAACAGCAACUCCAACAGAAAGAUUUGCUGCUGCAGCAACAGCAGCAGCAGCAGCAGCAGCAGAAUGAUAAGCACCAGAGAGAACUGCAUGCAGCUGCAGAGGACAAGGUUGCAAGCUCUUCAACGGCUGAUGCUGCUUGCUGUGAGGAAGAGACAGCGAGACUGAAGGCUGAGAACGAAAGCCUCAAGGCGAGGCUGCGGAAGCUGGGGAGGCCCCGGGGGGGCCCCCUAGAGGGGCCCCCCGCAGUUCUUUCUAAACCCUUUGGGCCCCCCCCAUUUGCUGCAGCAGUACCCCAGGGGGGCCCCCCUGGGGGGCCCCCCCCGCAGGGCUAUUCCCUCUCUGGGGGGCCCCCCCAGGGGCCCCCAGAUGACAGUACCCUUUCAGGGGGGCCCCCAGGGGCUCGGCUGCUGCAAAAGAAUGAAAGUGAAGGCCCUCAAGCAGCAAGGGGCCCCCAAAAGGGGGGGCCCCCCCAGCAGGGGGCCCCCCAGCAGCAGGGGGGGGCCCCCCAGCAGCAAGGGGGGGCCCCCCAGCAGCAGGAGGGGGGCCCCCAGCAGCAGGGGGGGGCCCCCCAGCGGGGAGGGGGCCCCCAGCAGGGUACUAGAGCCCUGCAGGGGAGACAAAACGAACAGCAAGAUGGGGCCCCCCAGGAAGAAGGGGGCCCCCAGGAUGUGGGGGGCCCUCAGCAGCAGCAGGGGGGCCCCCAGCAGCAUGGGGGCCCCCAGGGUGUGGGGGGCCCCCAGCAGCAGGGGGGGCCCCAGGAGGUGGGGGGCCCCCAGGGGGCAGAGGAAGCUGCAGCGAGAGGUGAAACGCAGCAGCAGCAGCAGCAGCAAGACGUGCUGCAGCAGAAGCAGGAGCAGCAAGACGUGCUGCAGCAGAAGCAGCAGCAGCAGCAGCAAGAGGUGCUGCAGCAGAAGCAGCAGCAGGAUGAGGACAAGCAGCAAAUAGACACUGCUCCUUCUACGGUGUGCGCUGCUGCACCUGAGAGCUGA